GUAAAUACGUACAUACAAACAUACGAGGAUUAUUAAUAUUUCAAGAUGAGACGUGUAUUCGCGUGUUGUUUAGUGUUCGCUUUGUGUGUGACAUUAUUGAAUGGCAAUAGAUUCCGCUGUGACUACGAGUAUUCGAGCAACGCUGAGGGUUGGCUGAAACUGCAUCGGGUCCCUGCAAAUUGGCACGAAGCAAGACUACGAUGUCAUUUAGAAGGCGCAAAGCUGGCAUCUCCGUUAUCCCCUGACCUGAGGCUAGCGAUGACGAAUGUGAUGCAGCAGUCGAACCUCGACUGUGGAGUCUUCACCGGCAUCAGUGGGUUAUUCUCCAGAGGGGAUUUCCAUUCUGUUGAAGGGGUACCACUCUCUCAAAUACCACACAGAUGGGGCAAAGGUGAACCAGACAAUGAGAACAAUAACGAAAGCUGUAUACUGAUGCUGGGUACUGGAGAACUGGCUGAUGUGCCCUGUGAAGAUACCUUCCCCUAUCUGUGCUACAGGAAGGGUGGCAGGGCUGUGGUGACGAACGCCUGCGGGACGGUCGAUAACAGCUAUCAGUUCGACGCGCGCACGGGCAGUUGCUACAAGUUCCACAAGGUGCCGCGCACGUGGUCGCGCGCCUACAUGGCGUGCGCGGCCGAGGGCGGACAUCUCGCCAUCAUCAACAGUGACACUGAGGCUACGGUUCUCAGAGAACUGUUCGCGAAGAAUCCAGGCGGCUCCAUGAUAGGCAGCUUCUGGAAAGACGUCGCCUUCAUUGGGUUCCACGAUUGGAAUGAACAUGGGGAAUUCCUCACAAUUGAGGGUGACACACUGCUGCAGGCAGGCUACAGCAAGUUUUCGGGCGGCGAGCCGAACAACGCGACCACGGGCGAGUACUGCGGCGCCAUCUACCGGAGCGCCCUGCUGGACGACUUGUGGUGCGAGAACCAUUACGCAUUCAUCUGUGAGAAGAAACCAGAGAGCCUUCUCUGCGACUGACCACCGCUGGCGUUGGAGAUAAAUAAACAAAUAUUAGUUUUUUAAGUGCUAGCAGUUCAGUUCUAAUCGCGUUUUUGAGAUGGAAUAGACGUCUUCCAUUUGUCAAGUAUAGUGAAAUAGUGAUGUGUUAAGUAGUGUUAUUAAGAAAAAGAAAGUGAUUAGUGACUUAGGUUAUAACUUGGUUCAAUUCUUUGUUGAGCAGCUUGAAAGCGUCAUGCUGCUUGUCACGUUAGUGAUUUUGUUCGAUAAUGUUUCGUAAUGUAAUUAUUGAUCUUAAAUUGUUUUCUGUGGGCACGGAGAACUGUCGGGCAAGGUUGGUGAAUGUUUACUAGUUUUAAAAGGCGCCUUUAAACCACACCCUUGUCACAAGUCCUGGGACUUGCUCAAUGCGUUUCCUCUACCAUAAAUGCCAGCGUAAAUAGUAAUAUUAUGAAUAUGAAUAGUCAAUUGUGUAAGCGAUUAGUGAGUUUAUGCAUAGCGUACCUAGUGUAAAUGACAGAUUCGAUGACUAAGGUCAGGUCAGAGGUUCUGACCAUAUUUUUAUUAAUUACUCUACGUUUUCUGCGACAUACCUAAUAAUAUAAGUUUGUUAUAGUAAAGGUAGGUAGGAAUGUUUUAACGCCUAUUUGAAUUGUAUAGUAAUUUAUACCUUCCCAUGUAGGUACUCGUAGUCUCUUACCAAUCACUCUUAACGAAGUUUAGUUUCAUAUACAAAAUACAUAGUAACGUAUGUUGUAGGCAUAUCUUCGUAGAGUACCUAGGGCAAACAGCGUAAAAUACUUAAUUUAUUUUUUGCAUUACGUAAUGUAGCUGAAUAUUUUAAAAUUAUGUGUUUAUGUAUUGUUAGUCCAAACUCCAAACGUACGCACUACUUUUUAUUUUAUCAAUAAGAUACGCGAACAUCGCCACGUGUUAAAUCUAGUAGUAAGUAUUUUUUUUAUUUGAAGACAACCAACCCUAACGUUGUUUGAGUAGAUAUAAUAAAGAUUGGAACUGUAGGUAAAUAGUUUCGUUCGAACUGAAUUGCGCCGUAUUGUGUCGUAGCGAGAGUCGCUUUUUAUUUUAAUGUCGUUGCGGAGUGAAUCUUCUGUACUUGUACAUAUGUUUCUGUGUUUAUGAUAGGUAACCAUAAACUAAAUUAAUUUGUCUUAUCAGUAAUUAUUUAAUUACAGAGUUAUUUAAGAUUCAAUUAGACUACUGUUUGUUCAAUUCAAAAGAGUCGUCAAGUAGGUAAACAUUAUCACCGAAAGAACUUUGUACUAUAUGACUAAGUAUCGCAACCCGGCCGACGUCUCGCAUAGCGAUGCAACGCACAAAAACCCACCCCAUUAGCGCUGCGGCCUCAUCCUCCGGGAAACGACGCCGUACUGAGAUUGUAAGGCUGUAUCUAGACAACUACGUAAGUAAUAUACUUUUUUUGUGUUGAGUAAGUGUCAAUGGCUCCCUACGAGACCAAUACUGCGACACCGGGAGGUUUGGGCGAACGCAGAAGCAUCGCCUGAUGAGACCCGAAGGCUGAAAGAAAGACAGAGGACGUAACGACUCUCUAAGGGCGUCUCCUAUUAUGAGACUCGGACCAAACAAACAUCCAGGUGACGUUAUAUAUCGGGGACCUCGUCUUCGCAGGUGAAGACGCUGUGUAGCUUGUGUUUGUGUUGCCUGGGAAGCAUUGUCGAUUGUCAUUUCAUGUCAUGUCAGCGUUAAGGUUACAUAUGUAACUGCUUCAUUGCUACCUUAGUUAAGAUAUGCAUAGUGUCGAGGGCACGAGUGCUUCACAAAGGCUCGCCGAGAAUGGGCAGGUCAAGGCCCCAAGAGAUGAAAGGAAUAGUCGGAUACAAAAAAAUCCCGUGCGAAUGAGGGCUCUAAGGCUUUUUAUAAGCGUGUUGAAUACACGAAAUAAUAGAACAACAUGUUUUUAUUUUAGUAAUCUGACAAAAUCUGACUGAAGCUUAAAUCUGACAAACAAAUAAAUUUAGUAACCGGUAAGUGGCAUAAAUAUGCCUCUCUGACUGAGAGUUACAUAUUUGUCAGAACAAAUAUGUCGCAGUGCCAAAAAAUCCCUCGAAUCAUUUCACUACUUGCCUCGACUGGUGACAGAAGGGCUGGUUCAUUUUGUGCGCAAAGGGUCAGCCUGGUUGUCCAGCGCGCAAAUGCAACCAAUAUUCUUGCCUCCAUUCCAAGUGGGCAUGAUUUAUAUAUACUUAUUAGGAUAAGUUAGCUUGAAUUAUUAUAUUCUUUCUCAAUAAAAAAAUAAAUGUUGAAAAAUGUUAAAUUUUUGUAUGGCGAAAUGUCA